GGAUUUCAUGGAACGAUAUUUAUCUUGGGAACCACAAUAUGCAUUUGAGAAGAUAUUUCCUCUAGUGACUCGUUGGCAACUUGUACACCUUCCAGGUAUUUCUGCAGACAACCGUCUAACAAUGUUCGAUUUAUACAUACCUGAAGCAAUAAAGAAAAUACGGAAUAUUAGGUCUGUUGCGAGUUACGAAAUUAUUUGGAAGACUGAUCAUAGUACGAUAAAAAGAUUAAAAGAAUAUAUUGCACCAGAUAAUGUGAGUGAUGAUGGUGCAGUUAUUCCAUCUGAAUUGGCAAGUAUUGAGCCACAAAGUGCUGUACAGAAAUGUUAUCCAGAAUUAGUCGAAGCUUUUGAAAGUGCAAGAAAUGCGAAAACAAAGAAACGAUCGAAUAGAAAGAAAAUACAAGACGAUACAGAUGCUAGUGAUAAAAAACGUAAAGCAGAAAAGAGGCGUCAGAAGAGAAAUGGAAAAACAGAAAAUAAUAGGAAAAUUGAUGAAUUUAUUUCCAAAAAGGAUCCUACGUCUUUAGAAGAAUCUUUCCGGAGGAUGAGUAUUACGCCAAUAAAAUCUAAAAAAUGUAAAACAUUAGAUGGUUUACAAGAAAGUCCGAAAAGAAGUGAUAAAGUUAAACGCGGUCCACAGUUCGAAAAAGUAUUACAAUUAGAGAAUAUCAAUUCAAAAUUAAAUAAUACUUUGGAUAGAAUGUUUAAUGAACUUUCACCGGAUGAUUUUAUUGACGAGAUCGAUGAUCAUGAUUUAAACAUGUCGGAGAUAAUAGACAAUAUAUGUAAUCAAAGGGUCUUCAAAUUUAAUGUUUCGGAAAAUGUGCAAACAUCUAAGGAUGAAAAUAAUUUAUGUGAAAAAGAUAUUGAAGAUGUGAAAACAGUUGAUGACGUAGUUAAUUUUGAAACGAACUCUGAUCAAUGUUUGAGAAAUGAUAUAAUUCCUAAUCAAUCAGUUGAUGAAUUUACUGAUAAAAAUAAAUCCUAUAAUCCUCUUAAUCGCAGAAUAAAUUGCGAGAAACCGCAGAAAAGACUUCAAAGAACUUCUACGCUAUUAAAUAAUAGAUUUAGUCUUUGGUUUGACUUGUUAACAUAAAAAUAAUGAUAAGAUGCGUUACACGUUUUUACAUAUUAAGAUUCAACUUUUGUGUAGAUACAUAUGUACAUAUAAAAACUUCAUGAUAUUUACAUGCUGUUCAAAGAAAGAGAGGAUGAUAUUCAUAAUGCAUUAUGUUUCUAGACAUUAGGACAAUGAGAAACCUUUCGGUACAGAAAUGUCGUUUGGAGCUUACUUUUUAAGUUGCAAGUAAUUUAAUUCUAUUGCCAGCGAGAGUAUCUGCAUGCGAUACUCUAG